AUGACACCUGCCUUGAACCUCUGCAUUCCCAGGGCCGGAAAAAAGGAGUCCGCACCUGCACCGCGGCCACGCCGGAAGUUUGGCGCGGCGGCGCUGGGUGCAGCGGACGACGACUCCGACGAUGGAGGCGAAGGGAAUUUUCACCCACACGGCUUUGCCAAAUGGACAACGGUACGUCAGAAGAUUUGGGGAAUAAUCACGAACGAGAAGACAGAUUGGGUACUUGCUUCUAUGAUUCUCUCCAGCCGCUCGGAUCUAUCGCAAGAUGCUGACCUGACAGCAAAGAAGAAUCUGACUUCGGAGGAAGAAACAUUGCAGCAGAUAACCAACCUCAUUACCGGCGUCUACACCUGUGUCUAUGCGCUGGAGAUGGCCUGUCGCGUCUAUGUUUUUCGGACGGAGGUGUUCACAACAGCCAUGCUCUUCGAUUUCCUUAUUGUCGCAGCUGAUGUGCUACUUCUCGUCAUAGAUCUUGCUCUUGGAUUCCCGUUGAACCUCGGAUUUUUGCGGAUCUUUCGCCUGGUGCGCGUGUUCAGAUUUGUUCGCGUGGUGGGCAUGUUCCCAGAGUUGCAGUUCCUGGUGAAGGGCUUCAUCUCCUCCUUCUCAGCGGUCUUCUGGGGCUCCAUCUUGAUGUGGAUCGUGAUCCUGAUGUGGGCAAUCAUCGCCGUAUACUUCGUUGACCCAACCUAUCGCGAGAUUGUUCAAUCUCUGGGCGAUACAUGUGAAGACGAACUAGGUGUGGUCAGGAACUGCAGAGCUUGGUCGUCAGUCGGUGAUUCGGUGAUCACUCUGACCCAGACAGUCGUGUUUGGAGACAGCUGGGGUGCAUCAGCCAUAGCGAUCAUCGAGAAAAAUCCGCCUUUGCUGGUCAUUUUCGCCGGCAUGUAUGCAACGGUCACCCUGGGAGUGCUGAACCUGAUCGUUGCGGCGAUCGUGGACAGCGGCGCCCAGGCCCGAGAAGAAGCCCAGGAGGCGAAACGGAGAAGACAGAGGAGCGAGGAGCAGAAGCAGAAGGAGCGACAGAAGAAUCGACUGCUGGAGAUUUGCAAAAUCCUGGAUGACGAU